CUUCCCCUCCGGCCUUCUAGGGCUUCUCGCUCAGAUCCGAAAUACCGAGGUAGGCGGGGGCGGAGGCGAUUUCGUCCGCGAUCCGGAGGCGCGGCGGCCCUGUCGGUCGGCGCUUCUAAGCCACGGGACGGGAGGUCGAGAGGGGGAAAGAGAUUCCGCUGCCUUCGAGUCCACUCCACCCUGCCCCCCCCCCCCCCCCUCCCCCCCUCCAUCCAUCCAUCCCGAGAAAGCUCCUUUUCCCCCACCCACCUCCACCUCCACCGCUCCAUCGCCACUGCUGGGGAGCACAGGACAAGAGACGACACGCCGCUCGCUCUCCACUAGUAGUAUUAACCCCUAAUCCACCUAGUAAUAAUCCCCGGCCGGCCAUGGCGUCCUCCCUCACGCCGCGCAGCCAAUUCCAGAAGAAGGAGAACCUGGGGAACGCGCGGAGGGGGAUGGGCUACAACGCGCCGCCGCGCCGCAACGUGCUCUCGGCCAUCAACAACGGCGGCGGCGCCAACGCCGACCCGGCGCCCUCCGAGGCCGGCUCCGAGGCGCCCGCCUUCGAGUUCAGCGGGAGGGACGACGUGGACCGCCUGCUCAACGAGAAGAUGAAGGGCAAGUCCAAGAACGACUACAAGGGGAGGACGGAGCAGAUGAGCGAGUACAUCAAGAGGCUCAGGGCCUGCAUCCGCUGGCUGGUGGAGCUGGAAGACGGCUACUUGGCCGAGCAGGAGAAGCUCCGGGGGCAGAUUGAUUCAGACAAUGCUCGUCACGCGGAGUUUGAGGCUCAGCUCAGUGGCGCGCUUGAAGAGUUGAAAGCUGCAAACUUGGAGAUGACAACACGGUGCGACUCACUGGAGGAGAGCCUGAACAAGGAGAAGGCCGCCAGGCUGCUUGCUGUGGAAUCCUAUGAGAAGGAAAGAGAAGAAAGGGAAUCAGCCGAGGCUUCACGGGAUGUACUGACGGUCGAUCUUGAAAGGGUCACUCAUGAGGCAAAGCGGUUUAGUGAGCAGCUAAAAAUGGUCCAAGACACCAACAAAAGACUUCAGGAAUACAACUCCAGCUUGCAGCAAUACAACAGUAAUCUUCAAGCUGAUACAUCUAAGAAUGGAGAAAUCAUCUCGAAGCUGCAAAGGGAGAAGAGUGCAAUGAUGGAAGCCAUGACUAAUCUGAAAGAUCUCAACAACUCAAUGAAGAACCAGUUGGAUUCAUCCAUGUCCUCCCAGAAAGAAGCAAUUAGAGUGAAAGAAGAACUUAGAAAAGAAGUAGAGUGCCUCAGAGCUGAUUUACAACAAGUUAGAGAAGAUCGUGAUCAGUCUGUUGCUCAACUGAAUACCUUGACCGCUGAACUGGCCACUUACAGCGAACAGGCUAAAAAGUCUUCAAAAGACUCUGAACUUUUGCAAAUAAAAGCGGCAGCCUUUGAGGAAACAUGCAGUUCACAGCAAGAGCAAAUUGAAACAUUGCAGAAGCAGCUUGCAGUUGCAACCGAGAAGUUGAAGCAUGCUGAUGUGACUGCAAUUGAGGCGAUGACAGGAUAUGAAACGCAGAAAGUGACAAUUAAAGAUCUGGAAGAGCGUUUGGCACAUGCAGAGUUUCAAAUCAUUGAAGCUGACAAGCUACGAAAGAAGCUGCAUAACACCAUCUUGGAACUAAAAGGCAAUAUCAGAGUAUUUUGUAGGGUUCGACCCUUUUUAUCGGACACUGAUUCUAAUGGUCAGGAAGAAGCCAUUAUUUCUUAUCCAUCAUCUGUGGAAAAUGCUGGGCGUGGUAUAGAUUUAAUAAAUCAAGGCCAGAGAUGUUCUUUUUCAUAUGACAAGGUUUUCGAUCACAGCGCUUCGCAAGAUGAUGUGUUUGUGGAAAUGUCACAGCUAGUUCAAAGUGCGCUUGACGGAUACAAGGUAUGCAUAUUUGCAUAUGGUCAGACAGGGUCAGGUAAAACUUAUACAAUGAUGGGUAAGCCAGGCCGUGAUCAGAAAGGUAUCAUACCUCGAUCUUUGGAGCAAAUUUUCAAGACCAGUCAGUCUCUAGAAACCCAGGGAUGGAAGUAUUGUAUGCAGGCAUCAAUGUUGGAAAUAUACAAUGAGACAAUUCGUGACUUGUUAGCGCCAGGCCGCUCCAGCAGUGAGAUGCCUGGCGGUAAACAAUACACAAUAAAGCAUGAUUCCCAGGGAAACACAACGGUCUCCGAUCUUACUACUACAAAUGUGUUCAGCACUGCUGAUGUGACGUCUCUUCUAGAGAAAGCAUCCCAUAGCAGGUCUGUAGGUAAGACCCAAAUGAACGAGCAAUCUUCCCGGAGUCAUUUUGUCUUUACACUAAAGAUAUUUGGAUCAAAUGAGAGCACAGGCCAACAAGUACAAGGUGUACUGAACUUGAUUGAUUUGGCCGGGAGUGAGCGUCUUACUAAAAGUGGUGCAACAGGCGAUCGCUUGAAGGAAACUCAGGCCAUCAACAAAAGCCUGUCAGCUCUCAGCGAUGUUAUCUUUGCGAUUGCGAAGAACGACGACCACGUACCCUUCAGGAACUCGAAGCUCACGUACCUCUUGCAGCCUUGCCUUGGCGGGGACUCCAAGACGCUCAUGUUUGUCAACGUCUCGCCCGAGGCGACCUCGGCCGGGGAGACGCUCUGUUCCCUGAGGUUCGCGUCGAGGGUGAACGCAUGCGAGAUCGGGGUGGCGAGACGGCAGACGCAGUCCAAGUCCUCAUCAUCGGAUAACAGUAACAGGCUGAGCUACGGGUGAACUCUGCCCUGUCUGUCAAUGGCCAUCGUGGCCUGAUGCUGAUGUGAUACUGCUACAUAACGAGCUAAGCUAGCUAGCGGCUCUGUGGGCCGACUUGGCCACGAGUGUGCUGUGCUGGCGACGCGGAGCGGCUGGCCUCUGGCAUUAGUAACAAUGUACAGUCAGUAGGGAGAGUGGCAGAGCAUGCGCUGUGGCAUUGAGAGCAGGAGAGAACUGGCGCUACUUGCUGCUACGAUGAUUGAUCUUCUGUUUGUUUGUAGUAGCUGAUUGAUUUGAGAUUUGAAAAGUAAUGUUAACUGGCGCUAUAUUCUUUC